AUGAAGACCUCACCAGAGCACGAAGCUUAUCGCUCUGCACCUCAACCACCGAGCCAGGAAAAUUCAGAGCACCAGAUUCCGAAAAGCGAUGUGCGAGGGCAAUCUCACGCUCCUUAUCAAUCACCAGCUAUCAGACAACUUGUCAGCAUAUUCCUAGACAACGUUAAGUCCCGAUUUGGACAAGACUCGCCCGAAGUCAUAACAAUUUGGAACAUCCUCGGUGCAUUUCGAGCUGGGAGGGAAUCGAAGAAAGACACCAUCAUCACCAUCAACCACGCACUGGGCCACCACCAAGAUCUCAAGCAAGAUCUCAUGAAAGUACUGUACCACCCCGAAGCCAAAUGGCAGACAGGCGAUUUUGAGUUUGAGCCUCAUCGGCCCAUGCACUCACCUACUCCUAACUUCUUACAACCGGUUCAUCAACCCCAGAUCCGCUUGCCGCCAAUCUCCUGGUUCGAAAGGAGACAGACCUAUCCGUCAACUGGCUCUAGUCAUGAGCGAAACUGGUCUCCCAUCGCACCCAAACUGCAGGUCAAUCAUACAAAAUCUCCAUUGGUCCCUUGCUCUGGGAUUCCCGCUCGUCUCCACCGAAGCCAUACGCCUCAAGCAGGGUCUUUGGAGACUGUGUCAUCCGAGACAACUAGACUUCCUGUUAUCGGUGUUCCAGUGGCAGUUGAUGUUGGUCAGGCGGUCAACGAUAUGCCGCCGCCUUCGAACAAGCGUCGCCGCGAAGCUUUUGAAGAACAAGCUUUGCAAGAGGCGGCAGACCGAGCGAGCUCUGACACCGCUGACGAGGUCCGCUUGUCAACCGCAGAUAUGGAUCAACCGGUCGCUAAGCGCCUGUCCGAGAACACUUCCAAAGCAAAGCAGGCACAAGCUGAGAGCGGAACGAAACCAUACAUUCAUAGUCUAUGCGGGAGAGGUUUCUCAACCAGAUCAAAAGUCAAGAAACAUCAUUGGGGAAAUGUGCUUAAUGAUCUGGAGACGACUACAGGUUGUUGGGCGAAGCACGGAAAGCCGAAUGUCAGCUGGAACGAGCAUCCGAGCUGUGCGGAAGGGGUGAAAGUACCUGGUCAUGCGAAGACAACACCGGCGGUGAUGGGAAAAGACAAGCCUCGAGCAACGCCUCACAUGAUGGCUUCCAUGAUGCACGCCCCCGAUGAACCGCUUGAAACUGCUGCGCGUUCUGCUGAUCUUCACGAAGAUUAUCAAGAAGCUUCUAAAGACCCUGGACUGUACCACUCCCACCGGCUACCUAACCGAUCCAGUUUCGACACUCUAUUGAGUGCAGUGAACGCUGCUUCUGAAAUGGAUGCACUGAACCCACAGGGACGUAUCGACUCUGUCGUUAAUCAUAUCGGUGGGCAGGCUGCUGCCGUCGAAGAUACGAGGCAGUACGUAGUGAACUGGCAAAACACAGUGUGGGGCCACGAAGAAGAAGCGGCGGCUAGUGGAUACCCGCACCCAUAUACUACGCUCCAACUCAGUAUGAUGUGUCCGUUGAGGGAAUACCAUGUGCCUGUAGAGGUUGCUCUGCCCUUUUGCGGAAGGCCUCAGUCGCAUACUCCGCAGAUGUACCCAUGUACUGCAGGAAACUGGAUCGACGAUCAGGUAUCCAUGCUGGAGGGUGCAUACAGCAGCCCCGCGCCCCUGGAGCCACAGUGCCCUGACCCGUACGCAGGGAGCCGACCAAUGUAG